UUCAAGCGAACUGAACGCACAGGUCUAGUGUACCGCGGUCUCGCGCACCGUGCAGACAGCCAAGCUCGAGCCUACCGGAGCGGUGUAACGUUCUGAACGGUAAAGAUGGCAGAACGACAGCAGAAACAUGAAGGCGGCCGAGUGAAGAUCGGACAUUACCUCUUAGGAGACACUCUGGGCGUCGGCACAUUCGGCAAAGUAAAGAUUGGAGAACACCAGUUGACAGGUCAUAAGGUGGCAGUGAAGAUCCUGAACAGACAGAAGAUCAGGAGUCUGGACGUGGUGGGCAAGAUCAAACGAGAGAUACAGAACCUCAAACUCUUCAGACACCCUCACAUCAUCAAACUGUACCAGGUGAUCAGUACUCCUACAGAUUUCUUCAUGGUGAUGGAGUAUGUCUCAGGAGGAGAGCUGUUUGACUACAUCUGCAAACACGGACGGGUAGAGGACAAAGAGGCUCGUCGGUUGUUCCAGCAGAUUAUCUCCGGUGUAGACUACUGCCACAGACACAUGGUGGUGCACAGAGACCUCAAACCUGAGAAUGUACUGCUGGACCAUUCCAAGAACGCCAAAAUAGCUGACUUUGGGUUGUCAAACAUGAUGUCAGACGGUGAGUUCCUGAGGACCAGCUGUGGAUCUCCCAACUACGCAGCUCCUGAAGUAAUCUCCGGAAGGUUAUACGCUGGUCCUGAGGUGGACAUAUGGAGCAGUGGGGUGAUCCUGUAUGCGUUGCUGUGUGGGACUCUGCCCUUUGAUGACGAACACGUUCCCACACUGUUUAAGAAGAUUAGAGGGGGCGUGUUCUAUAUGCCAGAAUACCUCACUCGGCCCGUCGCUUCCCUGCUGCUGCUCAUGCUGCAGGUCGACCCGCUCAAGAGGGCUACCAUUAAAGACAUUAGGGAACAUGAGUGGUUUAAGCAGGACCUGCCAGGCUACCUGUUUCCUGAGGACCCUUCCUAUGACUCCACCAUUCUGGAUGAGGAGGCAGUCCGAGAGGUGUGUGACAAGUUUGAGAGCACCGAGUCUGAGGUGAUGUCCAGCCUGUACAGCGGAGACCCUCAGGACCAGCUAGCGGUAGCGUACCAUCUGAUCAUAGACAACCGGCGCAUCAUGACCCAGGCCAGUGAGUUCUACCUGGCCUCUAGCCCUCCCCAGGGCUCCUUCAUGGAGGAUGGCAUGUCACUGCCCCCCGGGGUCAAACCACACCCAGAGAGGAUGCCCCCCCUGCUGGUAGACAGCCCCAAGGCGCGCUGCCCGCUGGAUGCCCUAAACACCACCAGAGCCAAACCCCUGGCAGUGAAGAAAGCCAAGUGGCACCUGGGCAUCAGGAGUCAGAGCAGACCCUAUGACAUCAUGGCUGAGGUCUACAGGGCUAUGAGACAGCUACAGUAUGACUGGAAGGUGGUGAACCCGUACCACCUGCGUGUUCGGAGGAAGAACCCAGUAACAGGCAACCUGGUGAAGAUGUGUCUCCAGCUGUACCAAGUAGACAACAGAUCCUACCUGCUGGACUUCAAAAGCAUCGAUGAUGACAUCAUGGACGCAGUAGGGUUUAAGUCGGGCUCUUCCACCCCCCAGAGGUCAGGCUCCACUGCAGGGCUCCACAGACCCAGACUCAGUGUGGACUCAGCCUGUCCUGCCGUGGAUCUCCCCAAGCUCAGCUCCUCUCUGCCUGGGUCGCUGUGCUCCAGCGCUGCCCUCCUCACCUCCACCUCCACCCCUACCCCGCGCCAGGGCAGCCACACUAUGGACUUCUUUGAGAUGUGUGCCAGUCUCAUCACCACGCUGGCCCGCUAGAGAGUGUAAAUCCCCGCUGGGUAACUAGGGGCCUGGAGUUUUUCCUGGUCAAUGUCAUAUAGUCCGGAAAACUCCAGCUACCGCCUGCAUAACCAUCUGAAACAGAACACUGCCCUGAGCCUAUUUAGACAGUUUUAUAUUGGUGUGAUCCUGACCUAAUUCUCCAAGUAAUGCAGAACACGCCUCUAACCACAGAUCUAGGGUCAGUUGUUCCCUCCUGGUGUUGUAGUUUUGGGCUAGGCAAGAUAAACUGAUCGUAGAUCUCUGAUUAGACUUCCUGUCUGUCUAGAGCAGGGAUGGGCAACUUUGAUGGGGGUAGGGGCCCCAAAAAAUCAGAACUCAUCAUUAGGGGGUGUGGUGGCUCACGGGACUGCUUACCCACAUCCAUACACACACAUGCAGUCAGCGUUUUGGAGGCCCUAAGCAAAAUCUGGCGAUUUAUAAACAUUUUAUUUUAGUCUUGACAUCGGAAGGCAUUGAUCUGCGGUCCUACAAAAGUGGCCAUGCGACCCGCGCGCCACUAGUUGCCCAUCCCUGGUCUAGAGCCAGUCUGCCAGAGCCAGUCUGGCCGUGGGAAAAGUUAGAGGUCUCACUUGUUGGGGCAAAGUCGUGUUAAGUCAAAUUUACUGUAGCUCCCAUAUGGCGCGUUCACGUGCUAGUCGAAACUAGGAAACUGACAUUUCUAACUGGUUGCAGUUAUGCACGUGCAGCGUUCAACCAGUUAGCAUGUCGGACAUUUACAGAUAAGCGGCGCCUCCCUGACUACUCUCAACCUCCAAUCAGCUCCAGAAUAGCCAUCACUGUAGAACAAACACACUGAGCAUUUUAUAUAUGGUUGUAUAUGGUUUUUGUAAUGACACAGAUUUUAUCCAUAUUUAUCAUAUAUAUUUAUAUUACUAUCACUUUGAGUAGUGUAGUAGCUGUUGAUUGAAACAUACAACAAAUGAAGUUAAAGAGAGGAUUGUUGUUAUUAUUAUUUAGAUAUCAUAUUCUUAUUUAUUUUAAAGAGGUUGUUUUAGAGGCUCUGUGUGGUACUGAAUAUUGAGUAUUGAAGCACUGCUGAUGUUUGAGAAUUAUAUACUGACUUAAGAGAUUUUAGGUGAUGAGAGGUCAUAGAGAGAGAGCCUCCACUCUCCCUCUCUCUGACUGGCAAUAUUGUUCUGUGGAUUAGUUAGCAUUGAUGCUACCUGACGGAGGAGGAGGGAGGGAAGUGUAUCUGUAGUGAACCUUUCUCCAGGUGCCUUAACACACGUUGUUUCUAGCUUGGUGGCUGUUUUUGUUUGCAGAAACGGAAUGGUAAGUUUCUGUGUGUGUGUGUACACUCCUGUGUGUAGAGGACUGACAGACAGGAGCUUGCCAGGGAUUGGCCAGGAGAAGACAUACAGUACUGUAGUUUAUGUGCCAAUGAGAUUUGAGUUCUGACUAAUAUAACUAAAGAUACAGGAGGAGAGGGAAUAUAUAUGACAGAACACUGGAACAAAUCUCCCUUUAACAAUUGUCAAAUGGUUUACAGUAUAUAAUGUUCCAGAGUCCUGUCUGUGUCUCUUGUUCUGCUGGGGCCAGUGAGGGCUGGGCUCUUGCUGAUCUGAUGCAUGCUAGUGUGUCUGUGUUUCUCUGGUCUGUUCUGGUACCAUGAUGGUGGUCUGUUCAUUUUGUUAUUAAAUGUAGAAUCAUUUGUAUCUCUCUCUUUCCUUCCCUCCCUCUGGAGUUAUUGGUUUGUUGUGUGUAUUUGCAGUAGUGUGUGUUUCGCUGAGGGAAUUGUAGACCUCUGUUGGGCCAGUUAGAGUCAGAAAAGACACUAAACCUCUUCUUUCCUUUUGUUUCUUUGACAUUUGUUUCCUUGUCAAUUUGUUUCCUUGUCAAUUUGUUUCCUUGUCAAUUUGUUUCCUUGUCAAUUUGUUUCUUGUCAAUUUGUUUCCUUGUCAUUUUGUUUCCUUGUCAUUUUGUUUCCUUGUCAUUUUGUUUCCUUGUCAUUUGUUUCCUUGUCAUUUGUCCUGUGCAGCAGUUCUGUCAUCACAUCUCUAUUCUGAGAGCGUAGUCUGUUUUUGUCUGUGUAUGACACUAUACAUGCAAGACAAUACCCACGUAUGUGUACUCUCAUCUAGUGCCGGUUGGACCGACCUUUGUCUCCAGAACAGCCUGAAUUCUUCAGGGGAUUCUACAAGGUGUCAAAGAUUCCACAGUGAUGUUGGUUCAUGCUAAUGCGAUAUGCCGUUUCUGCAGAUUGGACUGCAGUACAUUCAUGCUGCGAACAUCCAUCUCAUCUCAAAUAUGCUCUAAUGGGUUGAGGUCUGGGGACUGCGCAGGCCACUCAAGUAUACUGAACUCGCUGACAUAUUCCAGGGGAUGUUUUUCCACUCCUCGGUUGUUCAGUGUUGGUUAACACGUACCCACCUGAGCCACUUCUUGUUGUUAGCUGAUAGGAAUGGAACCUGGUGUGGUGGUCUGCUGCAAUAGCCCAUCUGUGACAAGGAUCGACGAGUUUGUUUUCUGACCCACCUGUUGGCUUGCACGAUUCUUGCCAUUCUCCUUCAACCUGUCAUCAAACGAGCUGUUUUCACCCGCAGGGCUGCUGCUGACUGUUUUAUAUAACAAGCCACAGCCAUGUGACUCCGUGUCUGUAGAAGUGAUCCAUUUUUGUGAACUGGGUAGUGUACUUAAUAAACUGGCAUAUCCCAUUUUUGAGAGAUACUUACAUACUGAGGAUACAAAACAUUAUGAACACCUGCUCAUUCCAUGACAGACUGACCAGGUGAAAGCUAUGAUCCCUUAUUGAUGUAAUUUGUUGAAUCCACUUCAGUCCGUGUAGAUCAGUGGUCACCAACCGGUCACCAAGCAUUUCUGUGGAAAAUGAUUUUGUGUGUGUUGUGCGCUGUUGGUGGUAGGUGCACUUGAUUCAAGCGGACCGGGAGAUCUGUUGCUAAAUCGAGUGCGCCUAAUGUACUGGAAAUCGAAUAGCUGAAUAGCUUAUUAUUAUUAUUAGCUUCGUGUCUAUUUUAACAUGGAGGAGUAUUUCACUUUCUCUGGUCAUAGGAACCGCAUGAAUUUAUGCCUGCGGCAGAUGUGGCGCGAGUUUCGCCAUCAGGUGGAAGACGGUAUCUCUUUGGUCAGUCUCACCGGAGGAAAGGAAGGAGAAAGCAGUGACCGUGAAAGGCGGACCCGCUGGGCUCUCUUCCUCCCUCCCCUGAGAAUAAUGCUCUGUUCAAGACAACUACUCUGGAAAAACGAGAUCCGACUGGGGGAAAUGGUUUUGAACGGUCAUCCAACUCGGAAUUCCCGGAAUUCCUCGCAUCUUUCUAGAGCUCCGACCUCAAGAUCAGACGUCAUGAUUUGACCUGGGUUUUUUUUCUUGAGUUCCCAGCUGUCUUGAAAGCACCAUGGCCAUCAGAUGCAAGUGCUGUACCAUAUAAUUUAUGCUCAGCUGUGCCUUGCAAGUGCUACAAAAACGAUAUGUUAUCAAAGCUCAAGUUGUGAUAAUGUAUUAGGCCUACAGCAGAAACCUCAUUCCCGCAGAGCUCUUUUUAUUAGGUUGUUACAUUAUAAGUAAUGUAAAAAAAAAAACGAGUGGUAGAUCUUGGCUUGCUUUUUGAAUGUGAAAGCGAUCUUGACUCAAAGGUUGGUGACCACUGGUGUAGAUGAAGGGGAGGAGACAGGUUAAAGAAGGAUUUUGAAGCCUUGAGACAUGGAUUGUGUGUGUGUGUGUGUGUGUGUGUGCAAUUCAGAGGGUGAAUGGGCAAGAAAAAGAUUUAAGUGCCUUUGAACAGGGUAAGGUAGUAGGUGCCAGGCGUGUCGGUUUGAGUCAAGAACUGCAACGCUCCUGGGUUUUUCAUGUUCAAUAGUUUCCCAUGUGUAUCAACAAUGGUCCACCAGCCAACUUGACACAAGCAUUGGAGUCAUGGGCCAGCAUCCCUGUGGAAUGCUUUUGACACCUUGUAGAGUCCAUGCCCCAACAAAUUGAGGCUGUUCUGAGGGCAAAGGGGUGGAACUCAAUAUUAGGAAGGUUCUUAAUGUUUUGAACACUGUGUCUGACUAUAGCUGCUACAAGGUCAGGGAGAAACUCUCCUUCCUGCUGCUACACUCAUGCAAUUACUCACAGCAAUGAUCCUAUAUUCUGAUAUUUACACACACAUACUACUUCAAGUAAUACACACCCACUCUGUCAGUGUAAGGUGUACCUCUUUCCAAGGGUUAAGGUGUGUUGUCACCGUAUCCAGACUUCUGGAACCAAAGUGUUCUUCUCUUCUGUCUGUGUGUGCGUGAGAGCGGAAUGUACCUCUUCUUCUCCGUCUGAGUUGGGCUUUUCUGUGUUCUAUGCAUUGCAUGGCGUUGCUGUUCUGAUUUGCACUUUACUGAGUAUUUAUUGUCAAACACAAUUAAACUGACCUAUACACUAGA